ACUUACCGCCAAUCCAAACAGGCUCUAGCUAGAUACCAAGUACUGCCAAUCUAAUUCCAGCUCACAACCUACUACUCUCUUGGCUUUCUUCUAUAUUUGAUAGUCCCAAGAAAGAAAGAAACAAGUGGUAGAAUCCUCCACAUCAUUUAGUAGGUAAUUAAUUUUGGAAGCUAUCAAGUAGUAGGAAUCCUAUUCGUGUUUUGAACGAGGAAAUGGGAUCGGAGGGGCCAAAAUCUGUGACCAUUCAUGUAACGGGGUUCAAGAAAUUUCACGGUGUUGUUCAGAAUCCUACCGAGACAAUAGUUAAUGGCUUGAAAGAUUAUGUUGAAAAGAGAGGAUUACCUGCCGGUGUGACCUUGGGUAGCUGUACUGUUCUUGAAACAGCUGGAGAGGGUGGACUUCCGACAUUGUUGAAGGUCAUAGAGUCAGAGUCUUCGUCAACAAACAGUUCAAAUAAUGGACAAGUCAUAUGGCUUCACCUUGGAGUAAACAGUGGAGCAACAAAGUUCGCAAUUGAGCGGCUGGCAGUAAAUGAAGCCACAUUUCGUUGUGCAGAUGAGCUUGGUUGGCAACCUCAGCGAUUGCCUAUUGUUCCAGAAGAUGGAGGAAUAAAUCAAACAAAAAAGACGUCUUGCUCUACUGAGUCGAUUCUGGAGUUCUUAAAGAAGAAAGGCUUUGAAGUAACCAUGUCCGACGAUGCUGGCCGUUUUGUGUGCAAUUAUGUAUAUUACCAUUCUCUCCGGUUUGCAGAGCAAAAAGGUUACAAAUGUCUCUUUGUCCAUGUUCCCACCUUUAAUAGAGUGAAUCAGGAGGAACAAAUGGAAUUUGCAGUUGCUCUGCUGGAGUCUAUCGCCGCAACUUGCUGAUAUCAGUUCAAUGGCUUCAAAUCGAAUUCAUAGUUUCAAACUUUCUGUUGUUUUGUUAUGUAUUCUGAUUUUCCUGUAAAUAGACUCCCAUGUGCAAAUGAACAUCAGUUCAUGUUUCCGUUGAAGUUCUAGGUUUGUGAAAGACCUGUCUGUUGAUUUAUUGAGGCUGUCUUAUUUCUUUCACUUUUGGUGUUCUAUUAUCCAAUGUAGAUAACGUUGUUGACAAUGGCUAUGAAUAUGAUGGUGAAAGUCAUAUGAAUUCCUUAUA